CGCCCAAGUCUCCUUCCUCUUCCUGGUUAGUGUCUUUUUUCUUUCUCCUUCUCUUUGUUUUUCUUUCUAGGUUUUCAUAAUUCUCUUUAUUAUUUUCUAUUUUGCGAUUAUAAAGACAUUUAUUAUCUAUGGGUGAGAAGGGAAAGCGAAACCGAGGACAGAAAGACAACCAUGGGGAUGGAAAGAAUCAGAAAAGACGGAUGGACAAGGAAGAUAAGGCUGGUCAUGGUGAGGAACUAGUUGCAUACAGGAUACUGUGUCCUGAUACAGUGAUCGGAAGCGUAAUUGGUAAAGCAGGUAAAGUGAUAAAUUCUAUCAGACAGGAGACUAGAGCUAAGGUUCAGGUGGUGGACCGAUUUCCUGGAGCCAAGGAUAGGGUUAUCAUUAUCUAUUGUUAUGUUAAGGAGAAGGUCGAUGUUGACGUGGAUGGUGAGUUUAACAACAUAGUACCGCUUUGCCCUGCUCAAGAUGCUCUUCUGAGAAUGCAUGCUGCCAUUAAGAAUGCAGUGGCCAGCUUGGGGGAUCCUGAGACGAGGCAAAGUGAUAGAGAGGAGUGUAAUAUGCUUGUCCCAGCUAGUCAAUCUGCCAAUGUAAUUGGCAAAUCAGGGAGCACCAUAAAGAAAUUGAGAAGCAACACAAGGGCUAAUAUUAAGGUUACUCGUAAAGAUGUUUCAGACCCAAGUCAUAUAUGUGGAAUGGAUUUUGACAAUUUUGUGCAGAUCACUGGAGAUUCUGAAUCUGUGAAGAAAGCUUUGUAUGCUGUUUCGACAGUCAUGUACAAGUUUUCUGCUAAAGAAGUUAUUUCCCUGGAAACCAGUAUACCCAAUGUUGCACCAAGCAUCAUUAUUCCUGCCGACGUGCCAAUCUAUCCUGCUAGUGGAUUUUUUAAUGAUCCCUUAAUCCCUCCUAGAUCAGCAGCUCCUCUAAUUGAUGCUUACAACCCAGAACUCCCUGUUUCGGGAUUUUCUGAUACAGGAAGCACAUGGUCUCUUGUUAUUCCUACUUAUGAUGGGACGUCUAGGUCUGAGGAGUUGACAAUACGGGUUUUAUGCCCUUCAGAUAAGAUUGGACGUGUCAUUGGGAAGGGUGGGGCUACUAUCAAAAGUGUAAGACAGGCCAGUGGUGCGCAAGUCGAUGUUGAUGAUACUAAAGUUACCAAAGAUAAGUAUGGCGAAUGUGUGAUUACCAUUACUUCAACUGAGUCAGUGGAUGAUACGCAAUCGAAGGCAGUUGAAGCUGUUCUAUUGCUUCAAGAAAAAAUCAAUGAAGAGGCUGAAACUGUUACCAUGCGUCUUCUCCUACCAUCUAGGAAUAUUGGAUGCAUUAUUGGGAAAAGUGGCUCAAUUAUCAAUGAAAUCAGGAAAAGGACCAGAGCUGAUAUCCGCAUCUCAAAAGGAGAGAAGCCAAAAUCGGCUGAUGCAGGUGAUGAAUAUGUUGAGGUAUCUGGAGAAGUAAAAAGUGUUAGAGAUGCUCUUAUACAAGUUGUUAUAAGGCUCCGUGAUGAUGCUCUGAAAGAUAAGGAUGGUGUUUAUAAUUCUUCUGUUGCUCCUGACCCUUUAUACACUGGCAGCAGUGGUCUAUCACUGCCUUCUGGUUUGCAAACUGUUCCUCCGGUCAAAGCUUUAGGCUAUGAACCAAGAGCUGAGUCUGGAAGUGGGGUUGGGAUGCGGUCAUCACAUAGCCGUUACAAAUAUGAUUAUGGAUCAUUGCCGAUGGAAGAUGAUGGCUAUGGAUCCUCUUAUCCAUCCUCAUACCCGUCCAAGCUUUAUGGAGGAUUGUUGCCUUCCACUUCUCUGGAGAUAUUGAUUCCGUCUAGUGCAGUAACUAAAGUCCUCGGAAGAAAUGGUGCUAAUCUUUCCAAUAUUCGGCAGAUAUCAGGAGCACUUAUUGAGAUUUCAGAACCAAAGUCUUCUCGUGGAGAUUAUGUGGCCUAUAUUUCUGGCACAACUGAGCAGAAGCGUUCAGCUGAAAACUUGAUUCAAGCAUUCAUUAUGGCUACUUAAAAGCUUCUCAGGCUCUCUUAUUGGUAGGAACGUCGAAACCUUUGGAAGCUCUCUCUUCACUGUUAUUUUUGUUUUACUCUCUAAGCUAUUCUAUCAGAGCUUCAUUUAGGAUAUUCCCCCAGAUUUCAUGGCUUCCAUUAAAAUGUCAAGAUCUUGUUCGAGGUUUUGCACUCAGAUCUUAGUGAAGCCUAGGUUUCAUGGCUACUUAGUCAACUCAUCUACAUAAGAUAGGAUCUUUCAUUCCAUUCUUUGUUAUCCAUAUUCCAGCGGUUCUGUUUCAGUGGUUUGACUUUGUUCUAUCCGUCGUAACUCUCUGUCCCUUGCACAGCAUAAUGUCCCUGCCUGAAAGGAUUUCUUUUGCUAACCUUAAUAAUCAAACCAGUAUUUUAUGUUGUGUUCA